UAUCACCAGCCACUAGUUGUUUUAUACCACAACAGUUGUUAUAAAAGAAUAUUGUAUCUUUUAUGUCUCUUCCAUUAAGAGUUGACUUUUUCUGUCGAACAAAAAGGCCUCAAAGCAAUCCUCAAAAGACCACAUUUGUCUCCAUCAUUAAACUUAUAAUUACAAAUCACAACACACAAUCAAACCCACAUCAUAGAAACAAAAUCAGAAUCUCGCAGUCUCAUCAGAAAAAUCCUAAAACAUGGUGAGACAAAGAAGAAAGACAGAGAAAGAAGAGGAGAAGCGAGAACAAGAUGGAGAACAUGAGGAUCAGAAGGUGCAGCCGAGGCAAAGAAGCGUGAGCAAAAGAAACAUGCAAUCUCUGGUGAUCGGACUCGUUGGAGGUGCGUUGACCCUCGGUGCUUAUUCUCAGACGUUUGUUACUCCGGGACAAUCGAUCGGCGCCGGUCUCUUUGUCCUCUUCUUUGGAUUGCUUGUCAGCGAAGGUUUCAUAUCUCUUUAAGGAAAAGAAGACUACAUAAGUAAAUUAAACCUAUGCUUUUGUCUUAUGUAUUUUACUUAAAUAGUCACCUAUAUGAGCAUCUCGCUUCAUUUUUAUUUCAUUUCAAAAAUAGUUUGGACUCUCAACUUAAUGUGAUACAAUCCCUAAUGUUUUUACGGAUUGUUAUAAUUUGUAUACAGAGUAACAGCAAAAAGUACGUAUCGCAAGGAUAUGUUUUGAUCAAUACAUGCAUCUUCUUAUA